ACUGUGUCGUGGAAAACGAAAUAGAAAAAACGUAGAAAACAUAGCAACAUUUACGGAGUACGACGUCAUCCUGUAAUUUAUUUAUAAACUCAGGAAUAUCCAUACCGCACUUUGUACUUAGCUGGACGUUAAGCCGAGCGAAUGAGUGAUCGGAGAUUCAGCUAUUGCUUGAACCGGCGUGCGACUUUCUAAAAACCACAUAUAUUCUUCCGAAAGAUAAGAAAGCAAGAAACAAGACUAGUAAAGAUGAGCUUGCAAUGGACAAUUAUCGCCUCUUUUCUGUAUGUGGAAAUAGCCGUUGUUCUACUCCUCGUUUUGCCAAUAGCAUCCCCGAAGAGUUGGCAGAGGCUUUUCAAAUCCAGAUUCCUUCAGAGCUUGAGCAGUCAAGCGUCGAUAUACUUUUUAGUCUUGCUGGCCAUUUUGGUAUUAUUUCUGCUAGAUGCGAUCCGAGAAAUGCGCAAGUAUUCUAACAUAGAGACUGGAGAACAUGUUCAUUUAAAUACAGAAAUGCAAGGUAACAUGCGGCUGUUUCGGGCUCAACGGAAUUUUUACAUUUCUGGAUUUUCUCUCUUUUUGAGUCUUGUGAUCCGUCGCCUGGUUACUCUGAUUUCGGCCCAAGCAACGCUAUUGGCUCAAAGUGAGGCAGCUAUGCGGCAAGCCGUAUCUGCCACCACCACGGCAAAAUCUCUACUGGCACAGAAAUCAUCAGGUGAAAGUGCCCAGAAUGAUUCCAACGAGGCUCAUGACAAAGCAGUUUCUGAGCUUAAGAAUCAAAUCAAAAGCUUGAAUAAACAAAUUUCCGAACUUGAAGCAGAAUUGAAAAAGGAGAAGAAAGACAAAGAAGCAGUCACAUCGCAAGCAAAAUCUCUUGUACAGGAAUAUGAUCGACUGAGCGAAGAACAUGCCAAGUUGCAGUCUAGCGGAGACAAAAAAGUGGAAUAAUUUCCACCGUACUUCCUUUUGCACAAAAGACAUGGUAUUUGUUUGUAACUCUCUAU